UGGCUUUGCAUUCUGUUGCGCACACCACAGGCAUUGAAGGAAAAGCAAGGGAGAGAACCCAAGUAAGAUCAGAUAGUACCAACUAGCUGCAAAGUCGAAAUGAAACUUAUCUGCUUGUUCUUCCUGGGGUGCAUGUGCACCGUUAACGCAGCCCUUCGUUUACAAACGGUCACAGAGCCGCCGUUUCUUCACAAUCCACAGCCGACAGAAGCAAAGUCGCGCUUCGCGAUGCUGGACGAUGUACGACUGCUGGCUAACGGUCUCCUCCAACUGGGACAGAGCCUGCGAGAAUUCGUGCACAAGACCAAGGGGCAAAUCAACGAUAUCUUCCAGAAGCUAAACAUCUUCGACCGCUCUUUCUACCAGCUCUCCGUCGUGACGAGUGAAAUCAAAGAGGAGGAAGAGGAACUCAAAAAAACCACCUCGUUCCUCAAGACCAACAACGAGGAAAUUCGAAACAUGUCACUGGAAAUCAACUCCAAAGUCAACAGCAUUCUGCAGGAGCGCGGCCAGCUUGAGAGCCAAGUCGGGAAUCUGGAGGAAAAGCUGCAAGGCCUGAGCCAAAGCAUAGUGCCCUUAGAACAGCUCCAGGAGAUCAAUGCUCUGAAGGAUGUGAUCAGUACUCAAGAGAAGACCAUCAAAGACCUACUGAAGUCUGUAAAAGAACAGCACGAACAGCUCGACUCACAGAAAAACAAAAUCAAAAGCCUGGAGGAGAAGAUCAGCUACGACUCUCUUCAAGACACUGCCGAGAAAACUGCAGAGUCAAACCAAGAAGCUCCAAACCUUCUCAAAUAUCUGAGAAGUAACUCAACCAACGCGAGCACGGACACAAACGAUCUUCCAACAGACUGCAGCGAAGUGUUUAAUAGAGGCCAGCGGAAGAGUGGAGUUUACCCCAUCAAACCCAACCAAUCCGAGCCAUUCGACGUGUACUGCGAGAUCAGCUCGGAACGAGCAGCCACGGUUAUUCAACAGCGAGUGGAUGGUACAGUGGACUUUGAUCAGACCUGGGACAUAUAUGAGCUUGGAUUUGGAAAUCUGGAAAAUGAAUUUUGGCUUGGAUUGGCAAAGAUCUACUCCAUUGCCAGGCAGGGGGACUACAUUCUCAGCAUUGAAAUGGAGGACUGGAAGGAUGAGAGAAGAUUCAUCGAGUACAUGUUCAUUCUGGACGGUCCUGCAUCUUAUUACACUAUCCAUCUGACUCAUCUGUCUGGUAACCUGCCUGAUGCCAUGAGCAACCACACUGGCAUGAUGUUCUCGACCAAAGAUAAGGACAACGACAAUCUCGAUGGGUCCAGCUGCUCUCGCAGCUACUCAGGUGGUUGGUGGUUUAACGCAUGUGGUGGCACCAAUCUAAAUGGGCACUACACCUGGAUGCGGUCAAGGAAUCGUACUCUGCGCAGGAAAGGGAUCUACUGGAGACCUGGAAAAGGGAGCUCUUACACCCUCAAAUUCACAAAGAUCUCCAUCAGGCCUUUGGCACAGUUCCAGUGAACCUGACUGAUCACGCAACUCUCAACCAAUCAAAAUGUUCUCACAGGCGGCAGUGACUCUGGCCAACACAAGCUUCCCCUUCUCCCACACUCAGUCCAAAGGUGCCGACUUGUCGUCGAAGCAUGUUGCAACCGAAACAGUUCAUCAACCUGACCAUGAGCGUCAAACGUACAGACGCUGCACGUGCAGUCUUGCUACAGACUUUUACUUUUUGAAUUAUUUAGAAAAUUGCUGUAGAGAAUGAAAAACAGAGCUGAGCACACUUCUAGCGACAUAUUUUAUUCUUAUUAAACCCCAUUUUGGAAACUCUAUAUCUUUGCAACUAUAUACACUAAGCAUCUACAGAAAUCAAACUAGUCUCACAAGGCAUCCAUGUUAAGUAGUUCUCACUUUCUUGUUUUUAUACUGCAUUUUAACUUAAUACCAUAUUUAAGCCGUGCUAAUGUUUUGUGCUAGUCAAGAAACAUGAUGCUCUUUUAUGUUACUGAGUCAUAUUGACUCCUGGUUACACGAUGUACACAAGUGUACAGUAAAUGUUUGUUUACAGAUUUGCCCUGAGAAACAGAAAGGUGCACGAUUUUUAUAACAAAAUAAAAUCAAUCCACCCAAUAGCA